AUGUCUUAUGAUGAGAAUUCUUUAUCAAAAUUAGAAAAUCCGCCGUCUUUGGCUGAUGGAAUUAGUUUGGAAUUGGAAAAGGAUAUCCGUUAUUUGGGUUGUGAAUUAAUCCAGUCUGGUGCUAUUUUAUUAAAAUUGAGUCAAACAGCAGCCGCAACUGCUCAGAUUUUAUUUCAACGUUUUUAUUAUCAAAAAUCAUUUGUUCAAUACAGUUUUGAGCAUAUGCUCUGUGCGUGUCUUUUUUUGGCUAGCAAAAUUGAGGAACAACCAAGAAUGCCUGGGGACGUUAUAAAUGUUUAUCAUCGGCUCAAACAAUUGUACCAACAUAGACAAAAGAUCAGCAAUGGUGGAGACAUCAGAAGUGUUAAUCUUCAACACCUUCGACCUAAAGAGUAA